CUGUAACAGCAAUCACACUGCAAGACAGAAGCAGAUAGGGGAACGAACACUGUGCUGAUUCUCUGUGCGUGGAAUAUGGUGCUAAAGUCUCGAAACAAGGAGCCGUCGGUGGAAACGGACGCUGUUAAGGAGACCUCUCAUGAGGAUGAUACUCCGAAGGAAACGCAGGAACACCACAAGUCGCAUCACAAGAAGAAGAGGGCUAAGCACGAUGAUGAGUCUCAGUCUUAUGCCUCCAAGAGGUUGGUGUUUAUGUUCGGUGCUGUGAUUGGUGUUUUGCUCGCAGCCUAUCUCGGAGCUCACCGUCACAAGGAUUUCGAUAAGCUGUUUGACCUCCAGGACUAUGUUGAUGAUUGGCGUGGCUUCCUCCCUGAGAACAUCCGCAGCGUGUUAUCAGACUUCGACUUUGCCACACCCAGUCAACAGGAUCUCACAGAGAACUUCUCUGUGGGAAAGGCUAUGAAAAAGGACUACGGUUUGACCUCAAAAUUCCCCGUUGUGAUGGUGCCAGGUGUCAUCUCAACUGGUCUGGAGUCUUGGGGAACAGCAGGCGUUGAAGGUUGUCCUUCUCAGCCACAUUUCCGUAAGAGACUAUGGGGAUCGAUGUAUAUGAUCCGUACGAUGUUCCUGGACAAGGUGUGUUGGCUAAAGCACAUCAUGUUGGACCCAAUAACUGGGUUGGAUCCAGAAGGCAUCACGGUUAGAGCCGCUCAGGGAUUCGAAGCGGCAGACUUCUUCAUAACAGGCUACUGGAUUUGGGGUAAGAUCAUCCAAAACCUCGCUGCAAUCGGAUAUGACCCGAACAUGAUGAUCACUGCUGCUUAUGAUUGGAGAUUGGCCUAUAUGGAUUUAGAGAGACGUGAUACAUACUUUUCCACUAUGAAGGCACAAAUCGAGCUCCAAAAGAAAGUCAGCAAUCAGAAAACGAUCUUGAUUGGACACUCAAUGGGAGCACAGGUGGCGUAUUACUUUAUGAAAUGGGUUGAAGCUGAAGGUGAAUAUUUUGGUAACGGUGGUCCAAAUUGGAUCAACGAUAAUAUUGCUGCCUUUGUUGAUAUUUCGGGUUCAGCUCUUGGAGCUCCUAAGGCAGUGCCUGCACUGUUGUCAGGUGAGAUGAAAGAUACCGUCCAGCUCAAUGCAUUGGCGGUUUACGGUUUGGAGAAGUUCUUCUCCAGAAGAGAAAGAGUUGAUAUGCUUCGUACAUUUGGUGGCAUUCCAAGCAUGUUCCCAAAGGGUGGUGACUUAAUCUGGGGUACCUUAGAGGACGGCUCUGCUGACGAUGAAUUGUCGCCAAACAAGAAUGAGACAUUUGCUGAUUUCAUCAGAUUUGAUGAAGCUGUUGGGACAUUCUCCUCUAGAAACCUCACCAUGGCUGACAGUUUGGACUAUUUGUUGGACAUGUCCCCAACCUGGUUCCAAGAUCGGGUCCGUGAGCAGUAUUCUUUUGGUUUUGCAACCACUCCUGCAGAGCUGCAAGCCAACAACCAGAAGUUCUCUACGUGGUCCAACCCACUGGAGGCACCAUUACCUAACGCACCGGAUAUGAAGAUCUACUGCUUCUAUGGUGUUGGAAACCCUACAGAGAGGGCGUACAUGUACCAGGAGGAGCAGAAUAAGACCCUUGCUAAGCUCAACAUCACCAUAAAGGCGCCAAACAACGAGAAAUCGCCCGUCUUCUUCACCGAUGGCGAUGGAACGCUGCCGCUGUUGACGCACUCCAUGUGUCAUAAGUGGAAGACCUCGAGAUACUACAACCCUGGCGGCUCGCCUGUUAAGGUUGUUGAGAUCAAGCACGAGCCUGAUAGAUUCGACAUUCGCGGCGGUGCUAAAACCGCAGAGCACGUUGAUAUUCUCGGGUCUGCCGAGCUGAACGAACUGAUCUUGAAAGUUGCCAGUGGUCGUGAUGAUCUGAUAGAGGAGAGACAAAUCACAAACCUGUCCAGAUGGGUUUCCGAGAUGGACUUUGCGCUGUGAGUGCGGUGUCCACCAGCAGGUGCGAAAGAGGUUUACAAUACCUGUGUAACAAUACGUAAUAUCGAUUCACAACACUUAGAAAAGCGUCUAACCGUUCGCUUGUGUGGUUGUAUGCGCACAGAUUCG